AUGAUCCUGGAUGCACAGAUGUGGAGCAUCAUUCCAUACUACAAUGGGGACACGUGGGACCCGUUCCAGCUGAACCCCAUAGGAGCUGAGAAGGAACAAAAGAGAAGAUGUUUCCAACUGGCCCAGUACCUGGUGGCCGUUAUCGUGGGGUUAGCUGUCCUGGUCAGUGCUGUGGUAGCAAAGUGCUCUCUUUUGGUGUUGUCCACAUUAUCAAGCCAAAACUCGAUGCGCAGCACGAAGGAAAAACAGUUCUACAUGCUGAUGUUGGUUUUCUGCCUGGUGUGCCCAAACUUCCUGGUGUUUAUGAAAUCCCUGUGGAGAUGUGCCUUCAAGAGCUUCGUACAGCCCAACAUGAAGACCAUGUCUUUCAUUUGUGUCAUUGAGUGUUUGGUCUCUCUUGGCACUUCAAUCCUGGUGCUUGUGGUUAUGCCUCGUUUUGAUGUGUUGACCAAUCUCUUCAUCAGCGGAGGAGUCUGUAUUGUGUCUGCCAUUCUGCAGAUAGUAUUUAGACUGCAGAGAGAAAAAUGGAAAAUCCUAUUCCCAAUCUGCUCCCUCGUUCUUACAGUUGCAGGUUACUGCCUCCUCGGGAUUGACUACUACGUCCGUGUGGAUUCAUAUGUGGACAGACAGAGCACAGACUGCUUUAGUUUUAUUGCACUUGGAAUUUUCGCUUCACUCCUAGUAUCCUUCUGCUGGUGGGAAAACCCACUUCAAGCCACCAACAGCAUGCAGGAUACGUUGUCAGAGCUGGACGGUUUCAGGGACUUUGUGUUUGUCAUCAGCAGUAUUCUGAGGAUACUAGUGAUAGGAGCGGUAUACCUGAUCUAUCACGUACUCAUUGAGGAAACUAUAACCUGGGAAGACUUUAACCUGGGGGAUAAUGACUGGUUGUUACUGCAAUCAGGAUUGGUGCUGUUUUUCUUGCAGGCCUUCUGUUCCGCAGCCUGUCACUGGUUUGGUGUGGUGGCCUGUAAGAUUCACGCCGUAAGGAUGAGUUUUGCGCUUCCAGUGUGUUUCACGGGACCUGCAGUGCUUUUGUUGGGGAUGAUACUUUUCGUAACCGAGGCACAGAGUCUGGAUGGAGCAAAACAAGGGAGCAUACCAGAGUUUUGCGAAAGCCUGACAUUAUUGAGCCACAGGAACACAACCCCUGUGAUUUUACUAGAAAUCACAAGGAGCAUCUGUCAAACUUCACUAAACAGCUACUACUUGCAGUGGCCUUUUUUGAUGCUGGCACUAGAAGGAGUGUGUAUGUGGUCAGGCUUCGUCACAUGUACCUACUAUGUUUGGAAGAUCAAGGUCCAACGUAUAGAGAGAACUUCUCAACUCUUUGUUCGUCGACUGUAUGAGUCUGCCUUCAUUGACCUGUCUCUGCUGCUCAACACCAAGAUGAAGGUGCCCCGAGCCAAAAACCAAGAGAGCCAGGAUGACGUACAGAGCUGUGUGAUAUAUCUUUGUGCUACAAUGUGGCACGAGACCUAUGACGAAAUGCUGAAGAUUCUCACUUCCAUGUUAAGGUUGGACCGCUAUCGAGGUGAUCCGAAGGAGGACCAUAAUGACCUUUUUGACUUUGAGUGUCACAUUUUUGUGGACGAUGCCUUCAUGACUGAAAAGGAGUCAGGGCAGAGGCUGGUUAAUUCUUAUGUUGAGGACCUGAUCCAAGUUGUCAUAGAGGUUUAUAGGGUAUUCACCAACAAAGAACCAGAUGAUGUGUCCAUUAUCGAGGCCCCCUAUGGUGGCAGGCUGAUGUUUGUUUUGCCAGAAGGGAACAUGCUCUAUAUUCAUCUAAAAGACAAAGAUCUCAUCAGGAACAAGAAGAGAUGGUCCCAGAUCAUGUAUAUGUAUUACUUACUGGGCUGGAAGGGCUACAUCACCAAAAACCCCCAGAAGAUUCAACGUCAGAAUAAUCCCUGUAGAGCCAGUUUGAUCUCUUUGGAUGGAGAGAGUUUCCUGUUGCCUCAACAUGAGAGUGAUAACAAAAGAAAAUUCACCUCGGACGACCACACUUACAUCCUGGCUCUGGAUGGAGACACUGAUUUCCAACCUAAAGCUGUGAUUCUGCUUGUUGACAGGUUGAGGAUGUAUGAAAAUGUGGGUGCAGCAUGUGGUAGAAUCCAUCCUACUGGAAUGGGUCCCAUGGUGUGGUACCAGAAGUUUGAGUAUGCAGUGGGUCACUGGCUCCAGAAGACAGCAGAGCACGUGUUCGGCUCGGUGCUCUGCAGCCCAGGAUGUUUCAGUCUGUUUAGAGGGUCUGCCUUGAUGGAUGACAAUGUGCUGAAGAGAUACACGACGACUUCAACCAGAGCUUCAGAAUACGUGCAAUAUGACCAAGGGGAGGAUCGUUGGCUGUGUACUUUGCUCCUGCAGCAAGGCUGGCGAGUGGAAUACAACGCAGCAUCAGAUGCAUACACCAACUCUCCACAGGAGUUCAAAGAGUUCUAUAACCAGAGGAGAAGAUGGGGCCCAUCUACACUGGCUAAUACACUGGACCUUCUGAACAGUGGCUCUGAGACAGUCAAGAGAAACAUGUCCAUCUCCAGGCUUUACAUCUUCUACCAGAUGUUCACUGUCGGUGCUUCUAUCCUUGGUCCAGCCUCUGUAACUCUCAUGGUAGCAGGUGCUUUCCAGUUCAUCUUCAAAAUGGCGGGUACACUCUCCAUCAUCAUUGCAAGCAUCCCUCCUGUGUUCUACAUCCUCUUGUGUUUUCUAACCAAGGCUAAUACGCAAAUAACCAUUGCUGGCAUCAUGAGUGUUCUGUACGCAUUUCUCAUGACUGCAUCCCUCUUCUCCAUCAUCGGUGACAUGGUGAUGCAGGGCACCUUCCUGACCCCCACUGGCGUGUUUUUGGUCUCUAUGGCAAUCAUGUACUUGGUGACAGCUAUACUACACCCAGAAGAGUUUGGGAUGAUUAUCUAUGGUCUGAUGUACUUCAUCUGCAUCCCCAGUGGAUACCUGCUCCUGGCUAUCUACUCUCUGGUUAACAUGAACAAUGUCUCCUGGGGCACGAGAGAAUCGAACAAGGCAGGAGAAGAGGCCAAGAUGAGACAAAAUGUUCUGUGUGACAGAAACUGUCAACUCUGCUGUUGGGACAUGAAGAUCCAGAUCACGCAGGAGACAGAGAAUCUGAUGCUUCAACAAAUCACAGGCCAUAUUGCACAGCAAGCCCUUCCCCUUCCAAUUCACAAUAAAGAAGACACCAAACAGGAAGAAGCAAAGUUGAUGACUCUAGCCAACAUGGACAAAAGCAAAGAAGCAGCUUUGUUUGUGGAAGGGACUUCAAAAAAGUUUGAAUCUUCCUCUAGCAGCAGUGAUGAAAGUGUUGAAAAGCGGAGCAUACCAGAGAGCUUAUAUGAUGAAGAUGAUGAGGAUGAUGAGGACGACAGUGACUUCAUGAUUGAUGGCCCAGAAGAAGAAGAAGAGGUUGCUGUCAAUGACUGGGUGAAUCCUGUAAAAGAAGUGUUUUUGAAGAAGCUGACUUAUGCCAACAUGAAAAGAAAUCUACAAGAACAAAUACGAUAUGCGCUCCGCAACAAAGAUCAGGAUGAUGUUUGUGAGGAUUUGGUCUUGAUGUUGACAGACACUCUGAAUGGAGAGCUGAUGGGUGUGGGGCCUGAAGAUGUUCUGUCAGAUGCCCAGCUGGAUGAGUUACGAUAUGCUCUGAACAAGCAGGCACGACAAUAUUUGAAGACCAGCCAAAUGAUCGUUUUGGAAAGAAGAGUGAAAAGAGCUAUCGAGAAAACACUCACUGCCCCACAAGUGCGAAAACUAGAUGAGGCUGAGCAUGACUUCUGGGACAAGUUGAUAGAGCGCUAUUUGAAGCCUAUCGUUGAGUCUAAGGAACACAAAGAGAUGGUCAUCAAAGAACUGAAGUCCCUGCGAAACAAGGCAGUCUUCCUGUAUUUCAUCAUCAACGUUCUGUGGGUGGUAGCUACCUUCUUCCUGCAAGCCAUAGGGAGUGAUGUCCUCAGCAUCAAGAUCCCCAAAUACUAUGCAGAUGGAGCUCCAAGGAAUGUAACAGAAUAUCUCAAGGUGGAGCCUCUCAGUUUGAUGUUCCUGUUGUCCUUUGCUGUUCUUCUUCUUAUCCAGUUUCUGGCAAUGUUAUAUCACAGGGUCUACACGCUGAUCCAUGUGGUGUCCUAUCGCAGUUCAGAGAAAGACUACAGAGAAAGAAUCAUUGAUGAUGAAGAAGAUGGCAUAGACAUGGAUACCAUCGUUUCCAAUAGAUUGGCCAUAACUGGAGAUGACAUGUAGACGGCGACAACAGCAACCAGUGAAAACCACCUAGCACAAAGAUGUGUCCCCAGUGGCCCACCACUUAGAGGCUAACAAAUACUUUUCAUCAAGUGCAUUACAAUGAUCAAACAGCAUGUAUGGUAGCCUGUCUUUAUAGACAUACUGUGAUGACAUCAGAUGAUAUCAUGUAGCAGCUGUUUUGACUCCUAGCUGGUUAGAUUUGUGGAUAAUACAGUUUUCUGGGCAAAACUGCAAAAGGGUAAAUUGCAGGCGAUUCUAUUUCAUAAUGAAGAAUUAAGAUGUUUGCUCAUGGUUUUAUACAAUAGGACGAUUUAAUGUAUUUACUCUUCAAACCUUCAUUUAUUCUUUAGUAGGGUAGAAAACACAAAGUCCAAGACUUAUCAAUGAAUAACAAAUCUAAAGACAGAGGGUGUUAACAUGUUGAACAGAUUGCACAUCCCACUGUACAUUAUUGUUGAAUGCUUUAAAAAAUAAUAAUAGAAAACUCUGUUAACAAUGCACUUCACUGAACUAUCAAAUAGUCGACAGACGUAUCGAUGUAAUCUUGCAUUUGUUUCUUCUUCCUGUGUCUGUGUUUUUUGUAUAAUUUUUAUAUAUCCCGGAAAUUGUAUGUGAAAUAUAGUUCUUGUUUAUUCAGGUUAAAAUUAACAUAUAUAUAUGUAUGCAAAUAAUUCAAUACUUGAAUGUACUGCUCUCAGCAAACAACCCAUCCUACGUAGAUUUUUAAAUGCGUUAUUUGCACAGAAAAUAUUGUUAGGAAUACUUUCGGGAUUUUAUUGUUAUAUUGAUAUAUUUUACUCCCUGAAAAUUUUCUUGUUCAACUUAAAUAAAUGUUUUACAGUUA